UGACAUAGUUUCCCGUAUGUGUUCAAGCAAGGAGGGUGACAUGCCUUUGGUGAAAAUCUCUGAUGAAGAUAUCACUCGGGAUCAGCUAAGGACACUUGGCGGAAUUGAGAAAAUAGGUAACCGGCUGAUGUCAACUGUGUGCAAGACUCUAAUGGCUGAUAUGGAGAAGGAAGGGCAGGUGAAGCGGCACAUUUUUGAUGCUGAUUUUAUGGCAAUAAUGGCAGCUAACCCAAAGCUGUGGGAUGCUACAAAAUGGAAGAAACAAUUUUUACCUGAAAAUGUAGGCUACAACAUAGGAGAAUGUGAUUUGAUCUUUGGACCCACACUUGUUGGCGCUCACUGGUUCUGUGUUGUGCUUGAGCCUAGCACAAUGAAUUUCUAUGUGCUGGACUCAAUGAAGCCAAAUUUAGAGGGUAAGAAGAAGAGCAAGAAGAAGGGUGUAAUUAUUGAUGACAUGACGACCGUCGUCACUGAAUGUAGGAAUAGAUUUUAUGACAUUAUUGAGAUAGUUAAGCCUAAUGCCACUGGGAAGAAGAAAAUGAGUGAUAUCAUUUGGGCUCCUGUUCCGCAACAAAACAAUCUGCGAGACUGCGGUGUUCAUGUAUUAAUAUGGUUGAGUAAAUGGAAGCCCGGUGAGAUACUUCACUAUACGGAUGAACAAGUGGCUGAAUUCCGACGAAACCUCAUGUGGUGGCUAGUGAAUCAUGAGCUUAAUUCAAGACGUGAUGAAGCAUUAAGCUUGCUUUCAUCAACCCAAGCCACCACACUGACCAAAAGACGCCAUCUGUGAUAGGAGGAGACAUUAUGUAGAUUAGGCAUAUAGUAUUUGUAAAAGGAGUGUUAGUUUG